AUGAUAACUCCCCAUAACAAGGUGUACUGCUGCGAUAGCAGUUUUAUGAAGGGACUGACGGAGCUGAUGCAGCCCAGUUUUGAGUCGCUGCUGGGUCCGAUAUGCUUACCGCUGGUGGAUCGAUUUAUUCAGCUCUUGAAGGUGGCACAGGCUAGCUCAAGUCAGUAUUUCCGGGAAUCCAUUCUGAAUGACAUCAGGAAGGCCCGUAACCUCUACACGGGCAAAGAGCUUGCAGCGGAGCUGGCAAGGAUUCGACAGCGAGUGGAUAAUGUUGAAGUCUUGUCUGCUGACAUUGUAAUAAACUUGCUGCUGUCCUACAGAGACAUUCAGGAUUAUGAUUCCAUUGUGAAACUAGUGAAAACUUUAGAGAAACUGCCUACUUUUGACUUGGCUUCCCACCACCACGUGAGGCUGCAUUAUGCAUUUGCAUUGAACAGGCGAAAUCUGCCUGGAGACAGACAGAAAGCUCUAGAAAUUAUGAUUCCCCUGGUAGAACAGGAAGACCAAGUAGCUUCAGAUAUGUACUGCCUGGUUGGUCGAAUUUACAAGGACAUGUUUUUGGAAUCUGGGUUCAUAGAUACAGAAAGCAGGGACAAAGGGACAUUCUG